AUGGCGGCACAAGAUAGUAACCAAAUAUUAAACCAAGGCUUUCACUGCAUUUUUGCCCAGGCUGGUCUUGAUAUGGACUCCGAGGCAGUGAAAGAGAUGAGAGUUGUAGGAAAGAGUGCGCAUGCCCCACACUGGGAACUCAUGGAGAUUGGAGGAGGCAGUGGAGCCUGUGAGAAGAAGUCCUUUUGCUAUAUUCCCAUUGUGAGCAGUGUGACCCUGUGGGAGAGAGGCUCACCUCAUACAAGCCCUAUCCCUCGUUGUAAAACCACAGCUUUGCCCUGCUCCAGAUUCCUUACUCAUAUGAAGAAAUUUUCCUCGUCACAUAAAACGGAUAAAUUACAUUUUCUGCCAUUUCCAGGAUCUAUAGGGACUCAUAGCCCAAUGACAGGUAAAAGACUACUUUGUGUUCACCAGUACACAAUCCCCAAGUCUCCUGCGAGCACCGUUUCUCUUGAGGAAGAAGACAUUGGUGGAGAAACCUGUCCUUCCGUGUCACCAUCCAGUGAAAUGGAGGAAGAUGAUCUGGUCUUUACCAUCAAUGAAGAGCAGAAGCCCCCCAGACGACGGUCCAAGCAGGCCUGGAUCAGCCCAUUCCUGGAAAAACAAGCUGCCAAUAAGCUUCUUAAAAGAUCACAGUCAGUGAAUACCAUUUCUCUGGAAGCUGCAGGUAGACACAUACCACUUCAGAACCAUCCCUUGGGCAACUCCAAGGGAGAUUCUGGUCCUGUGAUGAGACCUUUUACCGCCAUUGGCCUCUGCAGAAGUGUCAGUCAGAACUCCUCUUCCCAGCCGAUCAACUGUAAGACUUCCGAAACUGUGCAGCAGGAUAAAGUAGCAGCGGCAUCCUCGGGAUCCCCGACACAAACAGAUUCCCUGACCGUGUGCGGAAGUGCAUUAGGAAGAGGCGCGGUUGCCAUAACAGCGGAGACGCCCCCAAAGCAUCCUCAUCUCCCAGGCGAAAGGAGGCCAAAGGCGGCUAUCUCUUUCCCUGCCCGUGUGGUCAAAGAGCCCCUGCCUCUGCUCGUGGGCUCUUCUACCCGUUUAUUUUCCAAGAAGUUAAUGAAGGCUUGCUCCUCAGUGGCCCCGCGCCCACCCCGGGAUUUCCAUAAGGCUUGUUCACAGAGUCUUUCGAAGCCCGUGGUGAAUACUCACACAUACUGCUGAGAAGGAAUUGUUCUGAGAGUUCUGCCCAUCUUCCAAUCAAUGCCUGCCCAGAA